AUGAAUGCAUUGGUCACAGGAGGCGCGUCAGGCAUCGGAGCAGCUCUAAGCUUGGAGCUUGCACGCCGAGGAGUGGCCGUCACAGUGGUUGGUCGAGACCCAGCCAAACUCAACUCGUUGAAGGAGGCUGCUGAGAAGCAGUCGUCGUUGCAAGCAGGGAGAGUCACGAUCGUGCAGGAACAAACGAAGCUGCUCCUCUGCUGCAUCCACGUGCUGAUAAGUUUGACACAGUCAGACAUCGCGACUUCCCAAGGAAGGAGACAAGUGGUGGAGUUGCUGAAAGGCGAGGCCUCCUUGUCCUUUCUUGUCAACAAUGCAGCUGUUGGCACUCCAGACCGGCUUCAAGAUAUCACUUUACAAGACUUCGAGGAGGCUAUGGCUGUGAAUGUCACUGCGCCGCUGUUUCUGUCGCAGCAGCUGCUUCCUCUCUUAGAGAAGGCCAAGGGAGGAGGAAGAAUCUUGAACGUGGGGUCAGGGAUCGCUGAUCGGGUGCAACUCGGCACAGGAACGUACGGCAUCACGAAGAAAGCUCUACAUCGGUUGUCAUUGCAAAUGACUGAGGACCUGGCAGGAAGAAAUGUUCAUGUCGCCUACGUUCGACUGGCUGCAGUCGACGAUAGAACAAGGCAGAGCAGCCACCUGGCUGACUUGCUACUUGAGGAGUCAAACGAGACGUUUGCGAAGGAAGUGACAGUCAGGCGAAGUGAAGCAAGGAGAGAUGGACAAGAUUAA